UAAUCACGAAACUGAAACUAACCAAAAAACAUAUAACUGCAGUCUUUUUUUUUUCCUUUAUUGCCUUAUUGGUGAUGGAACUCCUCAAUAAGGAUCAGAGAGUCAUGUCGGAAGAAGAUACAAAGCCUCAAGAUCCAAAUCCCAGAUUGGCUAGCGAAGGUUGCAGUGUUUUGCUUGACGUUAACGAUGGUGACCGUCUCGUCUUCGCUCGUUUAUCUGGUGGCGCUAUAUUAAAGAUUGGGAAUAAGAAGUAUUCAUUAAAACCAUUGAUCGGAGCUCCGUUUGGAUCUCUGUUCCAAGUCGAAAGCGGAGAAGAUGGUUCUUUCCUCUCUCGCAUUCUACCCCUUAAACAAGAAAAUAACAUUAGUAGUGUAAUGGAAGAUUCAAGAGAUAAUAGGGAACUCGUUGACAAUAAUGAAGCUCAGAACCUUACUGGGGAAGAAAUUGAAGCUAUGCGGAGAGAGGGUGCAAAAGGGGAUGAGAUUAUUGAAGCUUUAAUUGCAAACAGCAAAACGUUUGAUAUGAAGACUCAGUUGUCUCAGGAGAAAUAUAAGCUUAAAAAGCAGAAGAAAUAUGCUCCAAAGCUGCUUCUUCGACGCCCUUUUUCUCGAAGUAUAUGUGAAGCUUAUUUCAAGAAAUAUCCAGCCAGAAUCGGAUUCUUACGAGUAGAUGCGUUAUCUCUUCUACUAACAAUGGCUAAUGUCACUGCAUACUCGGAUGUGCUUGUUGUGGAUAUGGUUGGUGGCCUUGUCACUGGUGCAGUUGCUGAACGUUUAGGAGGCACUGGUUAUGUUUGCAAUACAUAUAAGGGAAGUUCUCCAUUUCCUGUGGAGAUGGUAAGGAUGUUCAACUUUAGUGACAAGGUUUUAGAGAGGAUCGUGCAGUCAUCUAUAAACGAGCUCUCGUCAGCCAAUACCGCGUCUCCUGAAGAAAACANUUGA